ACGUGACGCGACUCUGCGGUGAGCACAGCUUCAUGGACUGCAGCGACAACGACUCGCAACGCAUCGUGGGCGCCUAUCUGACGGCGACGGUGAAGCUGAUCGAGUACUCGUACCCUCGCAAGGACGUCGUCUUCGACUGCAAGUUCGUCUCGGGCGACGCCGCGUGCGAAGACUUCGACUGCACCGAACUGUGGCAACCCUCGUACACGCUAGCCUUCGAGACCGUGUGCCACACUUUCGACCUGGCCAGGAACCGCACCGGGCAGCACCCUUACUGGAACUGCCCAACGCCUUGGAAGUACAGCAAGUAUCCCUCGACGGCUCUUCGUCUAUUCUUUUUUCUUUUUUUUUGAGCGCAGCUCUUAUAGGCGCCCGUUCCUGCGGCUAGCGUAGUAGGCGUUGUCCCUUGUAACCGA